AUGGCACGAGUUCAGCAACAGGGAGAAACCUUGUCUUGUUCGAUCUGUUUGGAUCUUCUGAAGGAUCCGGUGACUCUUAACUGUGGACACAGCUUCUGUAAGAACUGUAUUAAGGACCACUGGGACACGGAGGAGCAGAGGAGGAGCUACAGCUGCCCUCAGUGUAGAAAGAUCUUCACACCGAGGCCUUCACUGAAGAAAAACGUCAUGUUAGCAGAUUUAGUGGAGGAGCGGAAGAAGACUGGACUGAAGGCUGCUCCUGCUCAUCACUGCUAUGCUGGAGCUGAAGAUGUGGCCUGUGACGUCUGCAGGAAGAGGAAGCUAAAAGCUCUCAAGUCCUGUUUGGUUUGUUUGGUCUCUUACUGUGAGGAACAUCUCGAUUCUCAUUAUCAAUCACCUGCAUUUAAGAAACACAAGCUGGUGGAGCCCUACAAGAACCUCCAGGAGAACAUCUGCCCUCGUCAUGAUAAGAUGAUGGACUUGUUUUGCCGCACUGAUCAGCAGUGUAUCUGUUCUCUCUGCUCUGUGGACGAACAUAAAGGCCACGACACAGUCUCAGCUGCAGCAGAGAGGACGGACAAGCAGAGAGAGCUGGAGCUGAGUCUAGAAGAAGUCCAGCAGAGACUCCAGGACAGAGACAGAGACGUGAAAGUGCUUCAACAGGAGAGAAAGACUCUCACUCUCUCUGCUGAUAAAGCCGUGAAGGACACAGACGAGGUCAUCAACAUGAUUCAUCUCCUGCUGAGGAGAAGCUCUGACGUGAAGCAGCAGAUCAGAUCCAAGCUGGAAACUGAGGUGAGUCGAGUCAGAGACGCCGAGGAGAAGCUUCAGCAGGAGAUCACUGAGCUGAAGAAGAGAGAAGCUGAACAGAAGCUGCUCUCACUCACACACGACCACAACCAGUUUCUCCUCAACUACCGCUCACUGUCAGCACUCAGUCCAUCGACACACUCGUCCACCAUCCACGUCCGUCCUCUGAGACACUUUGAGGACGUGGCGGCAGCUGUGGCAAAGGUCAGUGGUCAACUGCAGGAGGUCCUGACCAAGACGUGGACAGACAUCUCACUGGCUGUGGGUGAAGUAGAUGUUUUACUGGCAGAACCAGAACCAAAGACCAGAGGUGAAUUCAUCAGAUAUUCACAGGAAAUCACACUGGACCAAAACACAGCAAACAAAUAUCUGUUAUUAUCUGAGGGAAACAUAAAAGUGACAUUUAUGAAGAAAGCUCAGUCUUAUCCUCGUCACACAGACAGAUUCACUGAUUAUCGUCAGGUCCUGAGUAAAGAGAGUCUGACUGGACGUUGUUACUGGGAGGUAGAGUGGAGAGGAAGAGGAGUUUAUGUAGCAGUGACGUACGAGAACAUCAGCAGAUCAGGGAGAUCACAUGAAUGUUUAUUUGGAUACAAUGACAAAUCUUGGGCUUUAGAUUGUGACCAAAACAGAUGUCAUUUUAUUCACAACAGUAUCAGGACUGUCGUCUCAGAUGUUAAGGUCUCCAGAGUGGGAGUUUACUUGGACCACAGAGCAGGUCUUCUGUCCUUCUACAGGGUCUCUAAAACCAUGACUCUGCUCCACAGAGUCCAGACCGUGUUCACUCAGCCUCUCUGUGCUGGAGUCUGGCUUUAUCCUUCACCUGGAGUCACAGCAGAGUUCUGUAAACUAACCUCUCCAUGGUCGGCGACUUUCCACUGCACAGCAAGUGCACGAGCCGAAGAGUGCACGAGUCGAAGUGUGGUUGAUUCAUGGUUAAGUGUAUUUGAUUCAUAGUUA